CAAGCGUUGCCAUGCUUCUGUGAGCGACCUGGAUUACUUCUCUUGGCUGUGUUUACUUGUGAUUUUUAAACUACAGGGGACUUUUUUUCUGUGAAAACAUGUCGGGAAAGUCGGAGCUGAAGAUUAACUCUCAGUUCGCGCAGAAAUAUGAGAAGUAUCGACAGAAAGAAGAGCUGCAGAGACUGAAGGAUCGCUACGGAGACCGAGCAGAUGAGAGUGACUCGGGGUCUUCAGAGUCCAGCUCCGAUGACAGUGAAGUGGAGCUGGACCCUGAUGUUGAGAGGGAUUUUUACCGGACUCUGUCGCUGCUGAAGAAGAAGGACCCAAAGAUCUACGAGAGAGAUGCUAAGUUCUAUUCAGAAGGUGCAUCCAGCAGUGAUGCAAAACCUUCCACCUCGAAGGAGAAAGCAGUAAAGCCCAUGUAUCUUAAAGACUAUGAAAGAAAAGUCAUCCUGGAAAGGGAAGGAAAAUAUGAAGAUGAUGACGACGACAGCGAUGAUGAGGAGGCUGUCAAGAGAAAAGAGAGAGCCGCCUCUCCCAGCUACAUGCAGGAGCAGAAGGAGCUGAAGGAAAGCUUCUGGAAGUUCAUCCAGGACAGCGAUGACGAUGAUGAAGCUGGUGAGGCAGACAGAGCGUCCCAGCUGCUGACCAAGAGGAUCAAAACACAGGAGGAGAAGGAUAAAGAAGAGGAAGAUUAUGUGGAGUGGCUGAAAGGCCAGGCAGAACUCGAGGGUGCGGAGGAGGUGAAGGACAUGAAAUAUUUAAAAGACUACUGGAAUGACCCAGAGCUGGAUGAAAAGGAGCGUUUCCUGAGGGAUUACGUGCUAAACAAGGGCUACCUAGAUGACGAUGACGACGAUGAUGAACGGAUCCCAACCUACGAUGAGGUGGUCCAGGAUGACGUGGAGGAUUCCGAGGAGGAGGGGGAGACUUUCUUAGAGCGCCAGGAGAACUUUGAGAGGAGCUACAACUUCCGCUUUGAAGAGCCCGAUUCUCAAGAGGUCAAGACCUACCCCCGAAAUAUCGCCACCUCUGUGCGCACCAAGGACGACCGCAGGAAACGCAAAAGGGAGGAAAUUAAAGAAAGGAAGCAAAAGGAGAAAGAACAGAAGCAGGAGCAGCUGAAGCAGUUGAAGAACCUGAAGAGGAAAGAGAUUAUGGAGAAGCUGAAGAAGCUCCAGGAGCUGACGGGGAACGAGCAGCUUGCUUUCGAUCAAGCCGACCUCGACGGAGACUUCGAUCCAAAACAGCACGACCAGCUCAUGCAGAAAUUCUUUGGAGACGAAUACUACGGAGAGGAGGAGGAUGAGAAGCCUCAGUUUGAGGACGAUGAUGAGCUGGAGGAGCACUGGAACUGGGACACUUGGACCGGAGAGGAGGACUACGGCGAGGAGUAUGAUAGAGAGGAGUACAGUGCUGCUGAACCCUACUGCGAGGAUCAAGACUUUAAUAUGGAUGCAGACUAUGACCCCAGUCAGCAAACAGUUUCCAAGAAGAAGAAGAAAAAGGAGAGGAAGAUGAUGAAGAAGGAGGAUCUGCCUCAAAUGGGCAAGAAAAAAAAGAAGUCUCGCUUUGCAGAGGUCAUCACCAAGAACAAACCUGUGUUUGAUCCUCAGGAGAAGACCUUCGAGCAGUACUUGGACGAGUACUACAAGCUGGACUACGAGGACGUCAUCGAUGACCUCCCGUGCAGGUUUCGCUACAGGCAGGUGGUGCCCAAUGACUUUGGCCUGACCACAGAUGAGAUUAUAAAGGCUAAUGACAAGGAGCUGAACCGCUGGUGCUCUCUGAGGAAGACGUGCAUGUUCAGGUCUGAAAAGGAAGAGCUGAGCGAUCUGAAGAACUACAAAAUCAAGGCUCAGAAUGACAGGAAGAAGAGAGAAAUCCUUAGCUCUGUGUAUCUGGAAGACGAUGAAGAUGUGAUUGAGGCCAAGACAAAGGUGGGCAAGAAGCGAAGAGAUCGUCUGAAGAACACUGAGAAGCAAAACACAGAAGCAGAGGAUGGUAGUGCAGUCCCCCCUGUGGACUCUACAGAACAGACUCUUGUUCAGGCUCUUCAGGAGGCCGGGGAUGCCAUUGAGGACGAGGAGGAGAUUCUGAUUCCCAAGAAAAAGAAACAUAAAGGAGAACCCCAGAUUACAGAGGAGGCGGUGGCAGCAGCUAAACCAGAAGAAGUGAAAAAUGGGACUGAGAGACCGAAAUGGUCUAAGAAGAAGCACAAGCAUUCAGGUGGCCGUGUCCUCUCAGGAAGAAUCGGGGUGAAGAUAGGAGGCCGGGAGUUCAGUAGGCAGAGACUGAAGGCCUACGGCCUGAACCCCAAGAGAUUGUACUUCAGACAGCUCGGCAGACAAAAACGAAAGGCUCAGGAGAAGAAGGAGAAGCAGAAAAACAAAGAGUGAUGACAGCUCUGCCACUGUUUCAGAUACAAUCCUUCAUAAUCAUGGUGUGAAAUACAGUAUGGAGAAAAAUGGCAAACUUUCCCAAUGUUUCACUUCUUCACAUUGACCCUUUUGACUGUAUAAUGUAAAUAAAAUGUGUAUUAAAUGGUAGCUA